GCCUUCUUCACCUUGGGGUGCACAUCUGGGGCUGUCGGGGAACCUAGCAGAGUCUCCUGCUGGCCCAGGCUCGCGCACAGUAGCGGGGGCCCUCUGGAGGCAGUGAUCCCGAGCAGAGGCCGCCCCGGGCCCCGCACGAUCCCGAGAGAGAAGGGAGCCCCCAGCCCACGGGGCUCAGGCACACCGGGCCGGCCUUCCUGAAGGAGCUGAACCUGGAGUGGGCUCUUGGGGCUGGGGGCUCCAGUGCGCCUCCAAAGCCGCGGGAGAAGAAAGCAUGUGGCAGCCCCAGAUUGGAGCCUGGAAUGGUGCUUGCCAAGGCCAAGAGGGCUUCCUGGAGGAGGUGGCAUAAGCUCUUCUCGUUGAGGAGAAGCCCCCGAGGGGAAGCCUGGGGAGUCACCGACCCACUCCCUUCCUCCACAAGCUGGACCAUGGACCAGUACAGCAUCCUGGGUCGGAUAGGGGAAGGGGCCCAUGGCAUCGUCUUCAAGGCCAAGCAUGUGCAGACCGGGGAGACAGUGGCUCUAAAGAAAGUUGCCUUGCGGCGGCUGAUGGAUGGAAUUCCCAACCAGGCCUUGCGGGAGAUCAAGGCUCUCCAGGAGAUUGAGGACAACCAGUAUGUGGUGAAGUUGCAGGCUGUGUUCCCGCAUGGAGCAGGCUUCGUCCUGGCUUUUGAGUUCAUGUUCUCUGACCUGUCUGAGGUCAUCCGGCAUGGGAAGCGGCCUCUGGCCCCAGCUCAGGUUAAAGCGUACAUGCAAAUGCUGCUCAAGGGUAUAGCCUUCUGCCACGCCAACAACAUUGUACACCGGGACCUGAAGCCAGCCAACCUGCUCAUCAGCUCCUCAGGCCAGCUGAAGAUUGCAGACUUUGGCCUAGCCCGGGUCUUCUCCCAUGAGGGUGACCGACUCUAUAGCCACCAGGUGGCCACUAGGUGGUACCGGGCUCCAGAGCUUCUGUAUGGUGCCCAGCAGUAUGAUGAAGGUGUAGACUUGUGGGCUGUGGGCUGCAUAUUUGGGGAGCUUCUGAAUGGUUCUCCUCUCUUCCCUGGGGAGAAUGACAUUGAACAGCUCUGCUGUGUUCUCCGGGUCCUUGGGACACCCAGCCCCCAGGUGUGGCCGGAGAUAACUGAGCUCCCAGAUUACAACAAGAUCUCAUUCAAGGAGCAGCUGCCCCUGCCCCUGGAUGAGGUGCUGCCUGAUGCCUCUCCCCAAGCCCUGCAGCUCCUUAGCCGAUUUCUUAUCUACCCCCCUCGCCAUCGGAUUCAGGCUGAUCAGGCCCUGCUCCAUGAGUACUUCUUCAGAGUCCCGCUGCCAGCCCACCCCUCAGAGCUGCCCAUUCCACAGCGUGGGGGGGGGCCUGGCCCCAAGGCCCGACCAGGCCCUCCUCAUGUCCACGACUUCAGGGUAGAGCAGCCCCUGGCUGAGUCGUUGCCAGAUCCGGAGCUGAUUCGGCCCUACCUCCCGGAGGGAUGAGCCUCCCACUGCCCUGGCCUCCACCCAGCUCUGCCUGGCCCCAAGAGAUUGCCUUAUCUGGGCACUCCCAGCUGCUCCCCCUGGCCUUCCUGCGGCCAGGGUGGGAGGGGACUCAGGCGUCCGGCUUCCCUCCCUCUGGAGGGUCAGGAGAACAGACUUCUAACCUUGGCUGUGCCUCAGUUUCCCUAAUAACAAUAAACACUACAUUGGACUCCAAAGGCAGGGUCAGUGGGAAUAUUCAAAGUGACUGGGAAAAUGGGAAGGAGGCCUCAGUUUUCCCAGCUGUGAGUUGGGCUUCUUGAUUCCCACCUGUCCGAGCAGAGGGACCAAGGUGUUAACUUUUUUGGGGGGGAAGAUGAAUGAAUUUUCCUGUCACAUAGGGGCUAAAAGCAGGGGGUGAGGGGGUAUAGACAGGGCCAGGGAGGCCCCAGUAUCCGCUCUCUUCUUUCCCCCAACCUCCUGUGGGGCUGCUAGUUGCCUCAACCCCAACAGCCGAGGUCCGGCCCUCCAUCUGAUAAGACUUAUCAGCAGUCCCCAGCCUUGGCCCAGCAGGGAGCUGGUGUAAGUGGGGGGGGGAGGGGGGGAAGGGUGUCCCUCAUCCUCCCUGACAUCUUAGUUUGUUUGUCUUUCUACUCUAGUGUAUCCUAGGCCAUCUUCCCAGGACCUAAUGAAAGACACCCCCCCCCCAAAAAAAAAACCCUAAGAGAAAGCAGGGAUGACAGAGGGAGAAAUGGAGAUAGUGGGGGGAGAGAGAGAUCGAGCACUAGAAAUAGAGACCAGGCAGGCCAGAGAAGGGCAAGGAAAAGACCCAAGCCCAUUCCCAAGGCUUGGAAACCUAAACAGAAGGUAAAAGGAAGCUAAAGGUGGGGUAGAGGUGAGGGACCGAGAGAAACAGAUGGAAAAGCCAGGGUCUCAGUUGGCUGGUGCCAUAACCGUUGGCCAGCAGGGGAGGUCUGUGAAUGGGCGGGUGAGGAAGGUGCCCCUAGUCAUCUAAGGCAUGCUCGGGCACUGGUGCCAGCAGGGGGCGGUCCCAAGGCUGGGCCCCAUUUCCCCCCCACCCCCUGGCCCCGCCCGUAGCCACAGCAGGAGGGGUGUGUGAGGGAGGGAGACAGUGU